AUGGCGCCCAAGAAGGGCAUGAGCCUCGAGGACAAGCGGCAGACCGUGCUGAGGAUCUUUCAUGACACCAAGGACGUGUACGUCCUCAAGGACAUCGAAAAGCUAGCGUCAUCCAGAGGAGUCGUCGCUCAGUCGGUCAAGGACGUCGUCAAGAGUCUCGUGGACGACGACCUGGUGCACCAGGAGAAGAUCGGCGCCUCGAACUACCUCUGGAGCUUCCCCUCCGAGGCCACGCUCAAGGUCGUCACCGAGCGCGACCGCCUGACCAAGCAAAUCAAAGCGCUGCGGCGACAAGCGCAGGACGCCGCCGCGCAGGCCAACGCGCUCCAGGAGGGGGACGCGGACGCGGCGGAGCGCGCGGAGCUCGAGGCCGAGCUGGCCGCGCUGCAGGCGGCGAACGCGCAGCACGCGGCGGAGCUGCGCGAGCACGCGGACAACGACCCGGAGGUGUUUGCGGCGCUGAAGGCGGCGGCGAAGGCGAGCGUGGAGGGCGCGAACCGGUGGGGGGACAACCUGGAGUGUCUCAAGGACUGGAUGAACGGGAAGUUCGAGGGGCGGAAGGAGGACGUGGAGGCGUUCUUCAAAGCGGAGGGCGCGACGGACCUCGAGCCGCUGUAG